AGUAAAAAGUAACCAAUCACGUCUCGCCACACCGAUUGCCGGCACCUUCCGCUAUAGUUCAACGUGUUCUUAAUUUCGUGUUUAAAAUUCCGACUUAAAGUUGACGCUUGCAUCACUAGUCCGUAUUUCAAGAUUGAGCAGGAUACAUUUGCUGUAAGAUGAGACAAAGUACUAAAAUCCUGGCAGCAUUGUUGCUGCUGGGAUAUUUAUGGACAAGCGCAGAGGGUAUGGCAGUGAUGUCAGUAGAUCUAGGAAAUGAAUUUAUGAAGAUUGCCAUAGUGAAGCCUGGAGUCCCUAUGGAAAUUGUCUUAAAUAAAGAGUCGAGGAGGAAAACUCCAGUUGUUGUAGCAUUCCGUAAUAACGAGAGAGAAUUUGGGGACCAAGCCAUGAAUACGGCUGUCCGUUACCCAGCCAAUGCCUUCCUCUAUCUGAAGGAUCUCCUGGGGAAGAAAGUGGACAACCCAGUAGUGAAACAUUAUCAACAGAGGUUCCCUUACCAUAACAUUGUACCCAGUGAUACGGGGACAGUUAUGUUCCAAAUAGAUGAAGUUCAUCUUCGCAGCCCACAUUCAAAACCUAGUUUUGGGAACACCAAGUAUUCUGUAGAAGAACUCCUAGGAAUGGUGCUCCAGGAAGCCAAACACCUGGCUGAGGGAUUCGCAGAGCAACCAAUAUCUGAUGUGGUGAUCACAGUACCUCCAUUCUUCAACCAGGCAGAGAGGAGGGCGAUGAACCUGGCCGCGGAGUAUGCUGGUCUCAAACUGCUGCAGCUUAUGAAUGAUAACUCUGCAGUUGCACUGAAUUACGGAGUGUUCAGGAGAAAAGAAUUUAACGGCACGGCACAACACUAUAUGUUCUUUGACAUGGGGGCCACCAGCACCAUAGUAACCAUUGUGGGUUACCAGUUAGUGAAAACUAAAGAGGGUUCUUAUACUGAGACGAACCCUCAGGUGACAGUUAAAGGUGUUGGGUUUGAUCGUGAUCUCGGUGGCCUGGAGUUCCAGUUGAGGUUCCGCGACCAUCUGGCAAGAUUAUUCAAUGGCCAGAAGAAGACCAGCUCUGAUGUCUUUCAGGACAAGAGGGCCAUGGGCAAGCUGUUUAAGGAGGCUGGGAGGGUCAAGAAUGUCCUCAGUGCCAAUACUGACCACUUCGCUCAGGUUGAGUCCCUGUUAGAUGACCAGGACUUCAAGGCCAAAGUGACCAGAGAAGAGCUGGAGGAGAUGUCCCAGGACAUGCUGGACAGAGUGGCCAAACCUAUAGAGGACGCACUUAAGGUGUCUCAGAUGACCAUGGGGGAGAUCAAGGAGGUAAUCUUGAUGGGGGGAGGGACCAGAAUGCCCAAGGUCCAGGAACUCAUCUCCAAGGCUACAGGAAGACAGGAGCUUGGCAAAAGCAUCAACACAGACGAGGCUGCUGCGCUUGGAGCUGUCUACCAAGCCGCUUUCCUCAGCAAAGGAUACAGAGUCAAGAAAUUCCUGGUCAAAGAUGCUAAUCUUUACCCUAUACAGGUUGAGUUUGAACGACAGAAGGAAGGAGAGGCUGUCAAGACAAUCAAACGCACCCUGUUUGGCCGUAUGAAUCCUUACCCACAGAAGAAAGUGAUGACAUUCAACAAACACACCGAGGACUUUAAUUUCCGUGUGAACUAUGGGGACCUGAGCUACCUGGAUGAGGUGGAUGUCAAGAAUUUUGAUUCCCUGAAUCUGACCAAGGUGACUUUGAAAGGAGUCAAAGCUGCCCAUGAGAAGCACAGUAAGGAUGCUGAGAGCAAGGGAGUCAAGGCACACUUCAGAAUGGAUGAGAGUGGAAUUUUAACUCUGGACAGGGUGGAAUCAGUUUAUGAAAAAGCUCCUCCUCCGGAAGAAGAAUCUACCCUAGCAAAACUUGGUAACACCAUUUCCAACUUCUUCUCUGGUAAGAGUGAGGAGGAAGGAAAUGUUGAAGACAGCAAAGAGAAAGAUGACAAAGGGAAGGAGAACGGAGGAGAAAAAUCUACGGACAGUAAAGAUGACACAUCAGAGCAGGACAAGAAGGAGAAAAAACAGAGUGAUAAGGCUAAAGAGGAAGAGAAAGAGAAAAAGGAAGAGAAAACAGAGAAUAAAAAGGACACCAAAGCUCAAAAAGAGGAAGUAAAGAAUGAGAAGAAGGAAGAAAAGACAGAUCAGAAAAAGGAUGAGACACCAAAGGAAGGCAAGGCAGACAAAGGUGAACAGAAGGGCAACGAGACCACUGACAAGAAAGAUGGUGAUGCAGCCAAGAAUGAGACAGCAGAGGAAAAAAAACCACCUAAACCAGUGACUAUAAAAGAGGAGAUCACACCAGAGUCCGAAAUCCUUGACCUCCUGCCGCCCAGCGAGGACGCAGUGAAAGCUUCAAUAAAAGUACUGGAAAAACUAAAGCAGAAGGACGAAGAUAAGAUUAAACUGCAGCAGGCCCAUAAUGCACUGGAAUCUUUUAUAUUUGAUGCCCAAGAUAAGCUGUACCAAGAACCUUAUGAACAAGCAUCCACCGAAGAAGAAAGAAGCAUGCUCCGAGAAAAAUUAACAGCAGCAUCUGAUUGGUUGGAUGAGUCAGAUGUGACAAAUACAAUACAGGAAUUCAAAGAUCAACUCAAAACUCUUAAAGAUGCCACUUAUGCCCUCUAUGAAAGAGUAAGAGAACACAGCGAGAGACCCAAAGCACUUGAAGCACUGAAGGAUAUGUUGAAUUAUACGGAUAUGUUCUACAAAGGAGUUAAAAAUUUGACAGAGAGCUUAGACGACCAACCUUAUACAGAAGUAGAAGUCACAACCUUAGAAAAGUUAAUAAAUGAAACAAAGAGUUGGCAAAAGACAAAUAUUAAAGCCCAGAAGGACACUCCACUGACAGACAAACCAGUGCUGUUAGUAGAGGAUAUUGCAGUUAAAAUCAGAGCUCUUGACAGAGAAGUCAAAUAUUUGAUGAACAAAGCAAAAACGUUUGUGCCCAAGAAGCCUGUUAAGCCAAAAAAUGAAACGGAGACACCUGGCAAUGAGACUAAAAUUGAAACGCCAAAUAAUGAGACGAAAUCUGAAGAGGAGGGACCUGCUGAAGGUCAAGCAGACAGCACUACUCCAGGCACAGAAGAGCCAGUGGAACAGCCGCCGCCUCCUACAGAAGAGGAAAAUAAAAAUAAUGAAGAAAAAUCAGAGCUACCAGAAUCAGAAGAAACAGAUAAAACUGGAAAGGAAGACAAAUCAUCAGAAUCUAAAGAAACAGACUCUAAAAAAGAUGAUGAACAUAUUGAACUUUAACAUUAGGUUAGUUACUAGGCAUUUAAGUUAUUUUAUUAAAGAAAAAAAGGGCACAAGAAAACCGAGCGGAAGUUUAGCAAAAAUGUUGUUAACAGAGCAAAAAUUGUAGAUGUGGAUAUGUGAAGAAUUCCUGAAUAUAGAAAUCAUAAAAAUUUAGCUACAAAGUCACCAGCCAAAGAAAAAAAAAAAUCAAAACCAGGGUUUCAAAUACUCAUUUCAUUAAAAAUUCUACUCUACUGCCAAUAAAUGUGGCCUUGGUUAUUUCCAUGGGAUAAAAAAUGUGUUACUGGCUGUAUAAGUUGGGUAUUUUGUCAGUAUUUAAAUACAUUUUGUACAUGACCGUGUCUCAGUCAGUGGUCUUCUGUGGUUAUCAUUUGGGACGUAGAACAAACAGGAGAGCAGAUUUGUGGAACUCGGGACGAAACGCAAUUGGUUGGAUGAAUGCCCAUUGUCCAGAGAACUUCCCAAUAUGACCUUGAUACAAAGAUGGUGACUCAAGAUGGAUAUGCUUGAGUUUAUGAUUGAACAGGUGGUGAUGUAAAGUCACUUGAUAUUGUUACUAACAGUUAUUCACGUCUAUGUGACAGAAAUAUAUGAAAUUUAAAAAAAAAAGCACUGGUAAAAUUCCUGGCCCAAUGGUCGCAAUCUCGUCUCAAAGAGAGUUAUUACGGGCCAACUUUAUUAAUUUAAAUGUUAUGUAUGAUCUCUUUACACAUUUAAUGUGAUAUGGUGUUCUUUAUGAAUGUUCAGGUACUCGGAGAUGUGAAAGAAAUUGAUAUAAUUUUUGUAAAGACAAAAGACAUUAAAAUAUUACAUUAA